AGGCCUCUCAUCGGCGCUAAUCUCGCGUUCCCCUCGUGAAAGAUUUGUAUCCCGCGGCUGGUUGGCGAUCGAGGGUGGUCCUGAAAUAGUUGGUCAAACUCAGGGAUUGGAUUGGGCUCGUCAUAAGGAUGAAAAAAGUUCCCAUAAACAGAAAUUACAAGAUCGCAUUGUCAACACCUGCGAAAUUAUAAGAAAUGCGCCAGGAAUCUUUGAGCGUGUCAGACAGUCAAUGGUUAGACGGAUGGAAGCGUGUGUUUUCGUUAACGGUGGACAUUUUCAACAACUUUUGAGCGUUCGUAUAAAACGUAUCGCGCUUUGUCGAAUGGAUGUGUUGGAACCAGAAUUAAUUUGGGUUGGUGGACAGUGCUACAGAUUUUACGAAAGCACCAUCUGGAAAAACAUUCACACGUCAGCCCCAUACAUGGAGGACAAGGAGUCAGUUUGCUCGGACGAGGAAUCUGAGACUGAUAUAGAGAUAGUGCCCCAUGACACGACGUUUACGCACACCUUUUACGUACCCACAAUCUUUUAUUCGCAUAUAAUUGGUAUGAAGGGUACAACCCUCAGGAAAUUGCAAAAUGAGACGAGAACAACUAUUACUAUACCAAAGAAAGGAAACGAUGGAAACAUCGUUAUUACCGGACGGGAACGUAAGGACAUAAUAUCUGCAAGGCACAGAAUUGACUUGCUAAUAGAAGCUUCGAAGAAGAAGAUACGUUAUACACAUUUUUUGUCGAUUCCACUGAACAAGAAAGAGAUAAUCGAUAAUUAUCUUUCUUUCAAGAAAGACGUGUUGGAGAUGCACAACCAGACCACACACAAUAUUGACGAGUCAGUCUUUCAAACCCCAGCGAAGUUGCAUCUUACUAUUGGGAUGCUCAAAUUAUUUGACGAUAACGAGAAACAGCACGUUAUUGAUGCUCUCGAGGAGUGUAAAGAAAACAUUAUAGAUCCCAUUCUUGAAGAAACUGGGCCAAUAAACAUACAACUACAAGGAGUUGCGUGCAUGAAUGACGAUCCUGCUAACGUCAAAGUUUUGUAUGCACAAAUUUUGCACAGCGAAAAAUUGCAAAACCUCGUUGAUACAGUUACCGAAUACUUUGCUGAUAUAGGCUUAAUGGAGAAGGAUAAAGUAAAAUUACACGUUACUCUAAUGAAUACAACAUUUAAAAAGGAUUACCCGGCAAGAUUCAGAGAAAAAUACGACGCAAGUGAAAUAUUGAAAGUACAUAAAGAUACAGUGUUUGGAGCAACAGUACUAAAUCAGAUUGAUAUAUCUGAACUUCGAACCGCUACCAAAGACACUUAUUAUAAAUCGAUAGGUAGCAUUACUUUUUAAGUACACGUGCUAUAGUUGUAACGAUGAUGUAACGAAAUCUGUUUAGUAGAAAAUUCAUUGUUAGCUCGUGUAAUCGUCGCGAGAAAGGAUUUGUGAUCGAAUUCGGGUGUUGAAAACCUGCUAUUUCAUAUUAGAAACUUAUCUCAUAAUAGAGAACUUUACGUAUAUUACUUAAAGUUCUUUUUUGCAUAUUAUGAUAUGGAUAUUAAAAAUAUAACUUAAGUAAGGCUAAGUUGUUUUAUGCAGCUGUAUUUUGCGUUAUUCAAAGUAGUUUUAUCAUUGUGCUGAUUUAAAUACGUCCGGGUAUCUUUUCACGUACAAGAAUAUUCUAGAAAUAACUUCGGUUGAGGUUUAAGUUCGUAAAUGCUCCUUCGUUCGUAACGGUUUGUAAAGGUCAUAAACGGCCGGAAGUUUUUUUUUUUAGAUUCUCGAAAGACUAUUGGUUCACGCAGCAAUGCUAAAGUUCUGAGGAGAAAAUUCGCGAAAGGGCAGGUGAGGGAAGGGGAAGCAGAUAGAAAGAGAUUCCGUAUUUUUGGAAAUGUAUAAAGAUUAGGACAAGGAGAUGUUCAGAGACUUCUCAGGAUAAGCCACGUGCUCGGGGAAAAAAAAAGAGUACGAAUAUUGCGUUAGUUUCUUACGUUAGAAGACGAGAAGUUCUAGAAUCAGGUCGCUGUGUUAACGAGGAUCUAGGCGCGAAAAUAGAGUUUACGUAAACAAAGGUAAAUAUCGAAGUUCGGAAAACGAAGGUAAGGGAAGAAGAGGUAAAUUUCAUCCGGUUGUAAUCGCGGGAAGUGAUCGUUUACACUCGGUAACGAUUGUCUCUCCGCGAUUCGUCGAAGGACGUUAACUCCGAGCUGGAAGAACGUGCGAUUAAAGGCAUCGAUUAGAUAUUAGUUUCUAAACGUGUUCGAUUUAACUGCGUUGUUUAAAGAGAAUGUGCGUGCGUGUUUCGUUCGUAAAUCAACACAGACGAAUCGGCCACGACAUUGGCCGAAUCCUAAUCAUGUAUUUUCCUUAUCAGACUGUCAAUAGAGCUAGCUCUCUCAGCUUCCAUCUCCGUUCGGUUUUCAUUAACGCCUAACCUCUUUUGUUAAAUUAAUCUAAUUGCCGUUGCGCCGAAAGUAGUCUAGCAAAGGCUGGAAUCACGAAACUCCGUAAAUAAUGAAACAGUGGAUACGGAUGCUCGUUUCUUCCGGCGUGAGAAUCGGAUAAUACGAGACGGCGUUUUUCAACUUGCAUUGUAAGCGCGCGUGCAACCUAAGCGGCGUACACGCUUAAGAUUAUAAAUAUUUCAAUUGUUUGUGUAACGCGAACGAAAGCCGAUAAGUUUUGUUAAAUAAAUUCGAAGACGUAACCUCUAAAA